CUACCGCUACAUCUUCAACUCAGGGCAACAAAACAGCCAGUUUUCAUCCCUUGUGGAGCAUAGUUCUGCCUUCGCACAGCCGAACCGAGCUUUAUUAUAGUCUGUGAAUGUAGCUAAACCAGCGGAGACGACACCUGCUGUGCGAUCGGAUAUAUAAAAUAUAAUGUAGCCCCUGUUUCCAGUCGUUUGUUUAUCAGGUGUGACAGACGAAGCCGAGUCUGGGAAGACCGCUGGCUACCACUUCUUUGAAUUGUCUUUGAGAUCAAGAACUUCAAACUGGCUGAAAUGGAUGAACAAAGUGUUGAGAGCAUUGCUGAGGUGUUUCGAUGCUUCAUCUGCAUGGAGAAGCUGAGGGACGCUCGCCUCUGCCCACACUGCUCCAAACUCUGCUGCUUCAGCUGCAUACGACGAUGGUUGACAGAGCAGAGAGCCCAGUGUCCACACUGUCGGGCUCCACUCCAGCUGAGGGAGCUGGUCAACUGUCGGUGGGCAGAGGAGGUGACCCAGCAGCUGGACACCCUGCAGCUCUGCAGCCUCACCAAGCAUGAGGACAAUGACAAGGACAAAUGUGAGAACCACCAUGAGAAGCUGAGUGUUUUCUGUUGGACCUGUAAGAAGUGCAUCUGUCAUCAGUGUGCUCUGUGGGGAGGCAUGCAUGGUGGCCACACCUUUAAACCUCUAGUGGAGAUCUAUGAGCAGCAUGUGACCAAGGUGAAGGAGGAGGUUGCCAAGCUGCGCCGCCGCCUCAUGGAGCUAAUCAGUCUGGUGCAGGAAGUGGAGCGUAAUGUAGAGGCUGUCAGGGGAGCAAAGGAUGAGAGGGUCAGAGAGAUCCGAAACGCUGUAGAAAUGAUGAUCGCUCGUCUGGACAACCAGCUGAAGAACAAACUCAUCACCCUCAUGGGCCAGAAGACGUCCUUGACCCAGGAGACGGAGCUGCUGGAGUCUCUCCUGCAGGAGGUGGAGCAUCAGCUUCACUCCUGCAGUAAGAGUGAACUCAUCUCCAAGAGCCCAGAGAUCCUGCUCAUGUUCCAGCAGGUCCAUCGGAAACCCAUGCAGUCCUUCGUCACCACGCCAGUCCCUCCAGACUUCACCAGUGAGCUCGUCCCUGCCUAUGACUCCAGCACUUUUGUUCUGGUCAACUUCAGCACCCUGAGACAGCGGGCUGACCCAGUGUAUAGUCCUCCUCUGCAGAUAUCCGGGCUCUGCUGGAGACUGAAAGUCUACCCAGAUGGUAAUGGUGUGGUGCGAGGAAACUACCUGUCUGUAUUCUUGGAACUGUCUGCUGGACUCCCUGAAACAUCAAAGUAUGAGUACCGUGUGGAGAUGGUCCAUCAGGCCUCCAACGACCCAACCAAGAACAUCAUUCGGGAGUUUGCCUCAGACUUUGAGGUGGGUGAAUGCUGGGGCUACAAUCGCUUCUUCAGACUGGAUCUUCUGGCCAGCGAGGGCUACCUGAACAUGCAGACCGACACACUGGUCCUUUGCUACCAGGUUCGCUCACCCACCUUCUUCCAGAAGUGCAGAGAUCAGUACUGGUACAUCAGCCAGCUGGAGUCGGCCCAGAGCGGCUACAUACAACAGAUCAACAACCUCAAAGAGAGGCUCGCUAUCGAGCUGUUUCGCCGUCAAACGUCGCGCAGCUCCUCGCCCCCCGACCUGAGGCUCACUACAGGCACCACAGCCUCUGAAAGAGACCCUCGCUCAGUGAAGAGUGACGAUGACAUCCAGACUACUUUGACUAACGCUAAAAAAGGCGAAGAGGAAGAGAGGACCCAGCAGGAUGACUCUAAUGAGCUGUCGGACGGUGACUUGGAGGUGGACUGUCUGACGGAGGAGGAGGUGAACCCCCUGGAUGGCAGCAGCACCUCGGGGAGCUCCACAGCCACCAGCAACACAGAGGAGAAUGACAUAGAUGAGGAGACCAUGUCUGGAGAGAAUGAUGUAGACUUCAUUGGGAACUUGGAGACAGAAGAAGGAGAGCUUCCUGAUGACUUGGCUGGAGCCACAGGUGGAUCCAGCUCCAGUGCACGUUCCUUACAUCGCAGUGCUGCUGCUGCCGCCGCCGCUGCUGCUGCUGGUCGUAGUGCCAAUAGUAGCGGAGCUGCUGCUUGUGGUGCCGUUGGGCCAGGCAGCAACAGCCUCCUGGAGAUUGACCCAGUCAUCCUGAUUCAGCUGCUGGAUCUGAAGGAGCGCAGCAGCGUGGAGUCUCUGUGGGGCCUUCAGCCUCGGCCUCCUGUUUCUCUCCUGCACAGCCAAGCUCAUCCUCACUCCAGGAAAGAACGAGAGCGGAGGCCUCAGGUGGUGCGGCGAUCAGCUCCAGACUCAGGGGUCCUGAUCCGCCUGAAGGCUCAGAUGGCAGAGGUCCGCAGCAAGAUGUCUGAUGUCAAGAGUCAGGUCAUGGAGGCUCGGGGGUCCGCAGAGCCCAGGCCUGGCCCAUCAGGGGCCUUCAGUGUGGAGGAGGUGCCCUCUCACCACGCUGAUUCAGAGUUGUCAGCUUGUCGUAAGCCGAGUGAGCUGGACCUCCUGGGGAGAGCAGCUGCAGCUCGGUCUAGGCCCUGCCGCCCUGCUAGGAAAUCUCUCUCCCCUGUCCUGGACAGCAGCAGCUCUAUGGUUGUGAAGAGGAGGAGUCCAGAGGAGAUGGAGAAGGACCUGAGGGGAGCAGAGGCAGCUACAGAGCUCAGCCUGCAUCCGAAAGAGGGCCUGGGAGGUGGAGAGGGAGUGCUGAAGGCUGACAGCACCCAGGGCCCCCUCGUGUCUCUCAGCAGUUCCUCAUCAGAGCAGGCCUCCACCUCCAAGCAGCAGUACUCGAUGGAGAAGCAGCUGUACGGGACCUCGGGGCCAAAGGACAACAUCUUCUCCUUGGCAGGACCAAGCUAUAUGACUGCCAGCAAGAACUGUGGCAGUAGGACCCUAGGGGCAGCUAUGUUGGACUGUGACUCGGAAAGCUCAGGAAACUCCCAUCAGUCCUUGCUGGAGGGACCUUCUGCUCAGCCACAGUCAAAUGAAGAUCCUUCACCCUCUGUCCUGGUGACAGCAACGAGCAGUGACAGUGACACUGAGGACGAGGCCCUGCAGAGCAACAACUCUCGCUACGACAACCAGACUCCUCCCUGCACAGGAGAGCAGCUUCUGUCUGAUGACAUGAGUCUGCCUGCUGACAGGUGAUUCCCUCUGAGUCUCUCAGACCUGGCAACCCACUACUUUUCCUAUCCUCAUUGGCCACACAGCGAUGCAAUAAUGGCCGGAGACAACAACAGACAUGCUAGUUUACACAGAUCUGUAGAGUAGAACCUGCUUGUUUUGCAUGAACUGAAGACAAUUCAGCAACCGGACUGUUUGAUCACCUGUUUGUCCAGAAAUACCAACAUCUCUUUUGGUGUCAGAAUCGGACGGUGACAGAAACAUUGACGGGCCAGUUAAUAAAGUUUUCAGAUGACCUUGAACAUCAGUGUGUCACCAGUGACAACAGUGUCAUUAAUAUUCUCUGAAUACAGUGAAAUUUAAGAGAGAGAGCGAGAACCAACACAGCAGUUUUGCCACCUCUCUUAAACUUGGACUUUCAUUGUAUUUCUGUCUACACUCAGUGACUUGACUGCUCAGUGAUGACCUCGGCAGUUUCAUGUUUUACCCUGCUGCGUUUCUUAGUCGUCAACAUUUAGGGAUGUGCAAAUUUCCACUUCUUUCACAUCAGUAAAUACAUUAGAGGAAAACAUGACCACCUCAGCCAUUUUUGCAAUGACUGAAUCUUUCAAAACGUCGAGGGCAUAAAAAUUCUCGGUGUACCUUGUUACUUGUAUUUUGCAAACCUGAACCAGAACAUUUCACCUGAACUACAAAGCAUUUGGUCACUUUAAUUAACUUUCAGCACAAAUCUGUUACCUUCUCUGUGUAUAAAUGCUUUUGUAAAUCUGACUAAAUCUAUAACAAAUUUGCAAGAGGCUAAGGAUGAACUGUACAUACUCUGUAGCCUGUCAGUAAGAGUUUAGUGUUUUAUAAGGGCAUGUUGUUGUUUAGUUUGAGCUUCAGUCUCGACACUUAUUCGACUUCCUUCAACCAUGUCCCCACACCUCCCAGCGUUGGAGCUUAAACGCUCAGUUUUAGUGACACUUCAGCCCGUUUACUGCAUAAAUUCAGUGCUUCCUUUCCUGAUGUAAGCCUUUGUUAGUUUUUCUGGAUAUUUAUGUAAAUGUCUUCACUCGUAAAAACAGUCGCAGCAACAACUGCAGUGACAUUUGAAAAGGCUAAAUGAUCACAGAAUCACUUGGAUUAUAAAACAGCUGCUGCACUGCUUUCUGUGGACUGAAACUUUUAAGUAUACUGCAGAUCUGAUGUCAUAACGAUGUCCAUGCAGGUGUUUUUGCAUCAACAUCUGCUUAGAGACACCUGACCGGAAUUACAAUUAUUCAUAACUGAUUUACAGAAAUAGUUCAGCAUUCUGGGAAAGAUGCUUAUUUGCUUUUUGGCAGAGACGUAGAUGAGAAGAUUGAUAACAGUCUCAUAUCAGUACACUAAAUAUAAAGCUAAAACUAGCAGCCAGUGAGCUUAGCUCAGCGCAAAGACUGGAAACAGCUUGGCUUUGUCCAAAGUUAACAAAAUCCACAUCUGCUCCUCAGUUCCCACUGUGUUGACAUGUCCCUCAGACUGUAGAUUAACACGUCCCUCAGACUGUAGAUUAACACUGAAUCAAACACUACUGCUGCCUACUUUUAGAUAGUUUGCACCGCUGGCCACAGUCAGUGACGUCACAGUUUUCCAUCAGCCGCCAAAUGCAGAAAUACCUGUAACAGGACUUUUUGCAGAGCAGACAUUUUGACUUCUCACAGUAGGAAAAGCACAGCUAUUAACAACGCCUCUGUUACACAUAAGUGAGCCAGCAGGAACAAUACCAGGACCCUGAAACUGAAGCAGCUUAAUCGUCUUUAAUAGCUUUAAUUAAUGCUAUUAGUAACAUAUAUGCUUUUCCCACUGUGAUAUGUGAAGUGUGUUGUGAGUGCCUCAAGUGAUAUUCCAUUUAGCUUUAUUGUAUUGGUGAGGAGGCAGAUAUUUCAGAGACAGCUAUCUCUGCAUGUUGAGACUUUAGUUGUUUUUUUUUUUUUUUGGUAAUUUGGUUGAAUCAACUCUCCAAGUUGAAACUGUGGUACAUUGAAGGUUCUUUUUAAUUCUCAGCAAACUCAGCUGCUCCGUCAGCUCACGCUUCUGCUGGUUUUUCUUCCUGUAUAUAUUAUUUUUCACUUCAGUACUCUCAAUCGAGAAACAUAGCAAACAUGUCAGAGGCUGCUGCAUAACAGUGCACAUUACUGGAAUAAAACGUAGUGUUUAAGAGGGAAAACUUUACAUUGACUUGCUGUGUUAUAGCUGAUGAGGUAGAGAACAGAACCACAUGCUUAACAGGCCUUUCUGCACUUUAUAAGACUGUUGAUUUACUCUGAAGUGGACCCUUUCUUCUUCAUCGAGCCAUAUCUUAUUUUGAAAGGCCAUUUAAUUUUCUAGUUGAGAGAAAACUACAUUACAUAUUGUACACGUCUGCAGUCAUUAGUUUACAUUGUAAAUAUCUUGGCAUAUAAUGUUUUAAGAGCGUGAUGUACAUGUGCCUGAAAGUGCAUGCCUUCAUUGGCUGGAUUGAAAGAGGAAAGACGUCUUGUUUGCACCAAGACGUGUCAGGUCAAACAGAAGUCGUCCGUGAGCGUGAAGCUGAUGUUUGAAAAGUAUUCAACUUUUCCUCCGUUAUUGUUGCUUCACACCUUCAUGUACGUGAUGGUUCACAUGGGGCUCACACCAUUUCUUAACCUUUUCUCUUAUUUGUGCUUGUUGCGUCAAAAGCUGCUUUUGUUUUGAAUGAUCACAGAAUGCCCUGUGUAUUAUUUGAUGUGUACAUUUUCCUUUUUUGUGUAAUAAAAUAAACUGUUUUACAAU